AGAUUGUAACAAUACACAUGCAUGCUCAAACAUUCCCUCCCUCCCUCACACACUCAAGCAUUCACCCUCACACACGCUGACGCACUCCUGCACACACUGGAAUGUGAGUAGGUGAGUCACAUGCUUUAAAAGGAUCUGAUCCCAAACUCGUGUUCUAAGCAUAUACAUUACACACAAAAAUACAUGGGCACUUUCUCAUACAAUUAUGUCAUGAACAGCCAACAUACUAUAUACCUCCUCCUAGAAAAACACACUGACACACACAAGCAAACCAGCUCAAGCUUGCCUACUGCUACUGAUGAGUAAAUUAGUAUGCAAGGAGGGACACAUACGAACAGUACACUCACCCCCCUAACGGAAAGAGCCAAGGAGACCUGGAGUGAGAGAGAGAGAUAGAGCGAAUUGAAUUGAGAGAAAGAGAGAGGGGGGGAGAGAGAAGCACAGAGUUUAGAAAUGAGGGGGUGUUAAAAAGGAGGGUAAAGUUUGGUGAGAAUAAAAGAAGACGCUGAUUUGGAGAAAGAGAGAGGGAGGGAGAGAGAGAGGAUGUGAGAGUUAAGAAAAUAACAAAGAAGAGUGAAGAGGGAUUGCGGGAAGAGACAUUAGAUAUCCUAUUAUUCUACAAUUCAGAGAUGAUGUCAUUCUGCUGGAACUUGGCUGCAAUGAUCCUUCUACAACUAUUGACCCCUGACCUGCUUCCCACCCGCCUCAUCAACACCCGCCCCCUUCUCACACAUGCCGUUCCCACCUCCCCGCCAGUUACGUACCCCAAGAUCCAAUACGUUACCGAUGUGGGCUUCGACUACGACGAAGAUGACUACACUGAGGAGGAUGCUUCCCAUUUCCCUCCUAACCACAGCAAAGCCUCAUCAGCUUCUACUCUAGUUCCGAUGCAGUCCAAGCCCUGUGACUACCAUCCCUGCCAGGACAACCAGCUCCCCUGCUCUCAGCUCUCUGCCCAGACCGGAUGCCUCUGCCCUGGUCUAAGUGGGGCAGGCGAGCCCCCUCAUGCUCCACACCUCCAGAAGCUAGUGCCAGGCGCUAAUGGGUGGGCAGAGAUACGGUGGUGCGCCCCUGCCUCUGUGGUAUCUGGGUACCGGGUCAUGAUCGAAGAUCGAAGAGGAGAACCUCUCCAGUUCGGGAGUGAUUCUCGGAGCGGGGUGCUGGGGGAACUAGAGGCAGGAGUCAAGGUGUGUGUGGAGGCGGUGAACAUGGCGGGGGCCAGCGCCCCUUCGAAGCUCUCCUGCCUACACUACGACCCCCCUGAGGCCACCAACCUGGCCGUAAGGGCGGGGGUUAUCGGAGGGGGGCUGGGAUUUCUUCUGCUCCUUUUCCUGGUCACCCUGGUCCUCUGGAGGCGACAGACAUGUAAAACAGGGGAAAACUCAGCAAAGGGGCUGGGGAACCCCUCCUACAGCAAGGAGGGAACGCUGUGAUCCAGUGUUGGGAUUACAGAUGGUACAGUGAUUCAGUAGCACAGGCGACCCCUAGAGAGAAUGUAGGAGUAAAGCAACUGGGAUGUGACAGAGCCAAAAUGGCUUCACUCACCAGUGACUCACCAGCACUGUGCUCAGGUUGUUCAGAAUCCUGCACUUAUGAAUAUAGGAAUUAAAGAACUUUGGACUUUUGUAAACUAAAUAACCCUAACAAAAUCUUAAGAGGCGUUGUGACUAAAGAGACUGCAGGUUGUUUGCUGGCAAAUUAACUUGUGUACAGAAGGAUCAAGACAGGGCAGUUAUGGCAGUCAGAUUCAUGUGUAGAAUAAAUCAAACUAACUGAAUACUCAUGAUGAAUAACAAAAGCAAUUGUUUUUCUAAUAAAAGUGUUUUCAUAAUU